AUGUCUGCCAUUAAAGCACCUUUUCACACUCGAGACGUCCAAAUUGACGAAGACGUGCAAUUCGAGGCACUGAUAACCAACUCAACCUUACUGCGAGGAGUGUCUGAGGCUGGUUAUGAACGUCCCUCUCCUAUACAAUUAAAAGCAAUUCCACCAGGAAAACUUGGCUUAGAUGUUAUUGCACAGGCAAAAUCUGGAACCGGGAAAACCAUUGUUUUUAGUAUAGUUGCCUUGGAAACUGUCAAUUUGAAUGUUAACAAGCCACAAGUAUUAAUUCUCUCGCCAACUCGUGAAUUAGCUAUACAGACUCAUAAAGUUAUUCUCUCUAUUGGACGUCAUAUGCUUGGGUUAAAUGCUCAUGUCUUUAUUGGAGGUAUGCCAGUUGAAAGUGACUGGCCUAAGUUGCGUAAAUGUCAUAUCGUUAUCGGAUCUCCUGGUCGUGUUGAACUUCUCUUAAAUCAAAAUAAACUGAAUGCCAAAGAAAUAAAAUUACUGGUAUUAGACGAAGCUGAUAAAUUAAUGGAGAAAAGUUUUCGUCCUCAAAUGCAGAGAUUAUGUAACAAACUAAACGAGAAAAAACAAGUAAUGGCAUUUUCUGCCACAUAUGACAAACAUUUGUUGAAUACCCUGUAUCGUAAUUAUAUGAAAAAUCCGCAUCAAGUGAUGCUCACCGAAUCAAGACCUACGAGUAAUGCAAUAUUACCAGAUGAUCAGGAUAAGUAUAAAUUCUAUGAAGAAAAGUUCAAGAGUUUAGCUGCACUUCUCGGGGGAGUUCCUUUUUAUCAAUGCAUUGUAUUUUUGAAUCACCGUGGCAGGGCAGCAGAUCUUGCUGAUUACCUUACGAAACAAGGCUGGAUGUCAAUGAACAUUUCAGGUGGUCUUGACCAAAAAACACGUCUUACCACGAUGAAUAAAGUACGCAAUUUUCAACUACGCGUUUUAAUUUGCAGUGAUUUGAUUGCUCGGGGAAUAGACAUUGAUCGAGUGGAUCUGGUAGUGAAUCUAGAUAUACCCAAAGAUCCCGAGACCUACCUCCAUCGUGUUGGCCGAACAGGGCGAUAUGGUACUCAUGGUUUGGCUAUAAGUUUUGUGGACGAGAAAGAAAUGGGGUUUAUUAAUAUUCUACAAAAAGAAUAUUCUGUUGAAGUGAAACCACUUCCAGAGGAAUUAUCCAACGAACAUCAUCAGAGACCUUUGAUAACUAUUAAAGAUCAAAGGGCUUUUGAAAGGCUAGAAGCUAUUCGUAAUAAAGUUCAAAUGAAAGGCGAGGAAAUUCCCGUUAUUUUCACAGACGAAAAGGUCUCUGGGCGAGAAGUAGAAUCAAAUGGCGAAAACAAAGGAUUCAAAGAAAAUGAAUAUCUUGGAAACAACCUACAAUUUCAAACAGAUUAUAAUUACAAUAAUCAUAAUUAUCAUGAUGAUGCGGGUAAUUACUGGAUAUGGGAUGGAAACGCAUCAAGUUUAGAAGAAUGUAAGUGGAUGUAUAUAACCCAUUAUUCAGAUCAAGAAGAAAAUGCCGCGUUAUCGUUAGAUUAG